GACAAAAGAACAGACGUACAGUUGGCGACAAAGACAAAGUCCAGUAGUUAGUCACAUAGCCUAUAUGUCAAUCUAGAUCAGACCAUAUUGUUUCACGACAGUGUUUUUACCGGCUGCAUUGGUUAUGCAGAGGACUGGAGGCUCAUAUAGUAAAUAGUUUAGUAAACGUCUCAGGAUGAGGAAGAGGACUGGUGACCGUGACUCCAAGAAGCAGAAGACUGCGGGAGAUGAAGCUGGUGUGUCAUCGAGUACACAGCCGAGACCUAGCUCCCGUUUGUUGUGGUGGGUCAAAAGAGGUCUCCUGGUUGUAUGUGUCAUUUAUGUUUCUGUGCCUUUCAUGAUGCGACUGUUCCCUGACAUCAUAAAACACCUGGUGUAUUCUCACAGAGUCAGGGUCCCAUUCUUCGUCAACCUUAGCCAGCCAGCUGACCUGUAUCUUAACCACACUGUGAACAUGUACCUUAAAUCUGAGCAAGGGAUCUCAUUGGGUGUUUGGCACACAGUCCCUGAAAGUCAGUGGAAGGAGGCACAGGGAAAGGACUUGGAAUGGUACCAAGAUUCUUUGGGAGCUGGAAUUCCGAUUAUCAUUUAUCUCCAUGGCAAUGGAGGCACAAGGGCAGCAAGUCACCGCGUGGGAUUAAUACGUGUGCUGAGUGCAAUAGGUUACCAUGUUUUGGCUUUGGACUACAGAGGUUUUGGGGACUCCACCGGAGAGCCCACUGAAGUUGGUCUAACCACUGACGCCCUCUACUUGUACCAGUGGGUAAAAGCCCGCAGUGGAAGCAGUCUGGUGGUAUUAUGGGGACACUCUCUUGGCACUGGAGUGGCCACUAACACUGCAGUCAAACUAAUUGAACAAGGGAUUGUUGUUGAUGGUGUGAUUAUUGAGGGAGCAUACACCAACAUUCGACAGGGGGGUGCCCAUCAUCCGUUUGGCUGGUUUUAUUGGACGUUCCCAGGUUUUGAGUACUUUUUCCUGGACACAAUGGGAGAAAACAAUAUCAUCUUCCCUAAUGAUGAAAACUUGAAGAGGAUGAGGAGUCGUCUUCUGAUCCUUCAUGCAGAGGAUGACCACAUAGUGCCCAUCCACAUGGCUCAGCAGCUGUAUGAAAUAGCACAGAGCGCCCAGAACUCUGAAAAUCAAGUGAAGAUGAUACCGUUUGCCGGAUCCCUUGGGUACCAUCACAAUGGAUUAUACAAAGACCCUCACCUGCCAGACAUCAUCCGGGAAUUUGUACAUACAUUGGCCCCCUAAUCCAGUGACCUAUGCAGAAGAGCCUUUGGACAUCAAGUGUUUCAACACAUCUAGAGGACCUCAAAUCCUAGAUGCACAGUUUGCACAUAAAUGUGUCACUUUACCUUAUGGCAAAUCAGUAGGAUGACCUUCAAUCACAUGGUCCAAUCAUUGACCUAAUAUCAGAUAAACGUUACAUUGUUAGUAAAGUUAAGCAGUUACUUAGCCGGGGGGGGGGGGGGGGGGUCAUUAUUAUCCAAUGCAUUAAUUAUUAUCUAGCUGUAGCCUAUGUGCAAAUGACAAAACCUCAGAGAUGGAAGCAAUGAAUUUGCUUACUGUCGGUUUAUGAAUGACAAAUGUGAAGAAUGAUGACUAAUCAAUGUUUAAAGUGUCAAACUUAGGUGAAUUGUUUGUAUUGAUUACAGAAAAGUUACUGCUAAAAACUAGUAUUUUUGGCUAGUAUUAUCCCCAGAUUCCAAAAUCAUAUUUGCAAGUACAAAUAAAACCUGAUCGAUGCUCAUGAAUCUUA